AUGGGCCUUGGAGAGAGCUUCCUGUCCCAGGUCACAGUGACUAAUGUGACCCUGGGCCUCGUCGCAUAUGUCGUGCUUAAGUUUGUUUAUCAGAUUGUCUACUAUCGCUUCUUCCAUCCAUUAUCCGUCUUCCCAGGGCCAUUCUGGGGCAGCGUGACCAGACUAUGGAUUGCAUGGCACAAUCUGCGAGAAACGGAGCUACCCACGGUCUACGCACUGACGAAGCAAUAUGGCCCUGUCGUUCGAAUCACUCCCACGCUUCUCCUCGUGAGCGACCCGACCAAACUGCCCGAGAUCUACCAUCGCAAUGCGGACAAGACCGGCCACUACAUCACGGGUACCUUUGGCGAAACCGAGUCACUGUUCAAUAUGCGAUCGCACAAGACGCAUGCGGUCUUUCGCAAGCAUGUCGCUGGCCCGUAUAGCUUCAGCAACGUGAGGAAGAUGGAACCCUUGAUUGACGUUCGCAUUCAAGAUUGGAUCAACAAACUCGAAGACAAGUUUGCGCAGACCGGCAAGGGAUUUGACUUCGCUUGGUGGGCAGUGUACAUGGCCUACGAUAUCAUCAGUGAGAUCGGGUUCGGCGCCCCCUUUGGCUUCGUCGAGCAGGCGAAAGACGUUGGAGGUCUCAUCCGGGGCUUCCACGACGGUCUACCUGCGUUCGGCUUUCUGGCGCGCCUGCACCCCUUCACCAGCUGGGUGAAGACCACUUUCUUGAAGAAAUACCUGGUCGCGACACCCCAGGAUGACUCGGGCAUCGGCAUCCUGAUGCGCUUCCGCGACCGCUUGAUUGACCAGCGGUUCCGCGAGCUCGAGGCGAACAAGGAUAUUGGUCGCAUCGAUCUGCUGCAGACCUUUAUCGAGGCCCGUACGGAAGAUGGCUCCCCCCUGGAGAUCGAAUAUCUCAAGGCCGAGGUACUCCUGGUGCUGCUGGCGGGCGCCGACACCACCGGCACCGUUUUCCAGGCCUUGAUCCACUUCUUGCUCACCCAUCCGGCGGCCUACCGUCGCAUGAUGAAGGAAAUCGACAGCGUAAGCGCGCAAGGACUCCUUUCAGACCCCGUCCCGCAGUACGACGAGAUCACGGCCUAUCUACCCUACUACGUGGCCUGCGUGCGCGAGACGCUCCGCCUCAAUCCACCGGCCCCCAACAUCUUCCCGCGGUAUGUCUCCGAGCCAGGUCUCGAUCUAUACGGGCGGUUUGCGCCCGCAGGGACAGAGGUCUCGGGGAACCCCUGGAUCAUGCAGCGCAACCCGGCGAUGUACGGGGAGGAUGCCGAAGAGUUCAGGCCGGAAAGAUGGCUGGAUGCGGACAAGGCCAAGGUAUACAACAAAUACCUCUUCACGUUCGGCUAUGGAGCCAGAAUGUGCUUGGGCCGCGAGAUUGCCAUGAUGGAGCUGUACAAGGGGCCACUCCAGUUCUUCCGUCGGUUCAACAUCACUCCUAUGAUUGAUAAACCGGCCGCGCGAUUCGUGAUCAAAGGGGUGUUGGGUUCUACCGGGAUUUGUGGGUGA